UGAUCGUCAUCACACAAUUACACGAGGGGGUAGAGAGAGAAAGAAAGAGGGAAAAAUUGCAGACAGAAAUGAAUCCAACAAUCUCCGCUCCUUGGAGUCUUCACAUUAAUUUUCAGCUCCUUCUCUCUUAGAGCAAACAACAAACAGUUUCAAUUCAACAAAUCAAUGGCGCUUACUAUCUCAUUCAUCCCUUCCUCGCUCCAUUUCAGUCAGGAGCGUCCGCAACUGUUUAAUGGGUCUUCUUUCUUCAAUGGCGGCAGCAGCAGCCUCGGUUGCCACCGGUCCUCCUUUUCUCUAUUCUCUGUUGGUUUGAGUGAUAACAAGAAGAAGGUUUCCAGUAAGCGCUUCGCUACUGUAAUCACCGCAGCUGCCGACUACUACUCUACUCUCGGAGUUCCCAGGUCUGCAUCUAGCAAAGAAAUCAAGGCCGCUUAUCGGAAGUUGGCGCGCCAGUACCAUCCUGAUGUUAAUAAGCAACCUGGAGCAACUGAAAAGUUCAAGGAGAUUAGCAAUGCAUAUGAGGUGCUAUCAGAUGAUAAAAAAAGAGCUUUGUAUGAUCAAUAUGGUGAGGAUGGACUUAAAAGUUCCGUAGGGGGACCAGCUGGAGCUUACACGACUAAUCCUUUUGACCUGUUUGAAACUUUCUUUGGGGCGAGCAUGGGUGGUUUCUCUGGUAUGGAUCAAACAGGAUUCAGAACACGCCGUCGUAGUGCUAAUGUGAGGGGUGAAGAUAUACGUUAUGACAUAAGGCUGGAGUUUUCUGAGGCCAUCUUUGGAGCAGAAAAGGAAUUUGAACUUUCUCAUUUGGAAACAUGUGAACUUUGCAAUGGUACUGGAGCAAAGGUCGGGUCGAAGAUGAGAAUAUGUUCAACUUGCGGUGGCAGGGGUCAAGUUAUGCGAACUGAACAAACACCCUUUGGUUUAUUUUCCCAGGUCUCUGUCUGCCCAAAUUGUGGAGGUAGUGGUGAGGUUAUUUCUGAAUAUUGCCGGAAAUGUGCUGGUGAAGGACGCAUUCGCAUUAAGAAAGAUAUCAAAGUUAAAGUUCCUCCUGGUGUUAGCAAAGGAAGUAUUCUCCGGGUCAAUGGGGAGGGUGAUGCAGGGCCUAAUGGGGGGCGUCCAGGUGACCUUUAUGUUUACCUUGAUGUUGAGGAGAUUCCAGAGAUCCAAAGAGAUGGCAUAAACCUUUAUUCAACAGUUUCUAUCAGCUACAUAGAUGCCAUCUUGGGAGUUGUUGUUAAGGUGAAGACGGUUGAUGGGGCUACUGAACUACAAAUUCCCUCUGGUACUCAACCUGGGGAUGUGGUUGUCUUGGCCAAGAAAGGAGCCCCAAAGCUAAAUAAGCCAUCAAUACGUGGUGACCAUUUAUUCACCGUUAAAGUCACUAUACCAAAACGAAUCAGUGCAAAGGAACGUGAGUUGCUUGAAGAACUUGCUUUUCUAAGUGACACAUCAAAAAGUCGCCCACGAACACGUCCUAAACCCAAGCCACCAGCUAAAAGUGCAGAAACUCAGAUGAGUACAGAAUCUACAGACACAGAAAAAACCGAGGAAUCUGCAGAUCAGAAUGACUUGUGGCAGAAGAUAAAAGAUUUUGCAGGGUCUGUUGCAAAUGGGGCUCUAAAAUGGUUGAAAGACAACCUUUGAUUCGUGAGGAGGGUCUAUAUGAAGUACGGAUUCUUUGCAUUACAUAACCACAUUUAUGCACCACACAGGCCAUUAAUGAUUUUUUUCUUCAUGGGUGGCCUCAAGUACUGUGCAGCCAUUUAUUCCCAGCUUGAGCUUGACUGCAGCCUUUUGAAGUUAUGCUGAAGAAUCAAGCAGCGUUCAAGCAAGUUUUUCCCCUUUGUUUCUUUGUAUAGUAUAUAUUAAUCUGGAUCUUUCACAUGCUUUUUACCAGGUUACAAUGUCUUGAUAGCAAAACUAGUCUUUCUUUGUAAUACAAACGUGUGAAGUCCCAUGUUCAACCCAAGUAUUAUUUUGUAUAAUCGAGGAAUGAUCUCUCUCUCUCUCUCUCUC